AUGUCAAACUCAACAACAUCACAAUCUCAAGAACAUCAUCUCAACCCCGAGGCCUCCUCUGAAGCUCUUCCCGCUCAUCUCAAUCCAGCAAAUUACCCACAGACCCGUCAUAUCCCCGACGCGAACAUCCAUCUUGAAUUAACCUACAGCCCUCUCAAUCCAACCAGGAGCAUCAUUCAUGUUCGCUCCCCGCACGCGGGUGCCAACAUUCUCUUCCUCGGCACCACCCGCUCAACCUUUGACAACCACCCCAUUGCCCGCCUCACAUACAUCAGCUACACUCCCCUAGCCCUGCGCACGCUGGAGAAAAUCGCCCGCAAUGCAGUGGCUAAAUACAAGCUACAGGGCAUCAGUAUCUCACAUCGGCUGGGUGAGGUGGGUGUUGCAGAGGAGUCAAUUGCCAUUGCAGUGAGCGCGGGACAUAGAGCACCUGCAUGGAGGGCUGGAGAGGAGGUGUUGGAGCAGUGCAAGGCCGCAGUGGAGAUUUGGAAGCGAGAGGAAUUUGUUGGGGCUGCAGAGGGAGAGGGGGAGUGGAGGAUGAAUCAGAAUAUGAAUGCAAUGAGUCAGAGUUCAGAAAUUUACCAGUUAUGGUUCUCAUCUCAAUGA